GUGGAGCCUUAUAAAGUGAACAAUUAACAGACGAAAAACGUACAUUUCAUCCGGCCAAUUUUUAUCCUUCAUCUGAAAACCCUAGCCUCCCACAAACCCUAAUUUACACUUCUCUCCGUCCUGUCCUCUAUGGCCAAGAAGCGAAAGGUCCGACCUUCCGAGACUCAGCAGCAACCUGAUCCACUUCAACAGCAAGAACAAUUACCGUCUGUUGAAGAACAAGUUGAAGAUGAACAAGCUCAAACGGUCGAAGAGCAAGAGGAACUAGCACAGACCCAUCAAGAAGAUCUGAAACAAGAGCAACCCACCGAAGAAAAAGAGACUGAAAGCAUGGAGGAGGACGAGGGAGAUGAAGAAAACCAAGAGCAAGAUGACACAGCAGAUGCGAGCACCUCCUUAAACGAUGCCACAUCAGCAGAACAAGCUCCACAACCGGAAGUUAACGGCGGUGGAGAGAAAGAGGAAGAGAAUGACGGAGAAGAAGAAGAGGAAGAAGAGGAAGAGGAAGAUGUGGAGGACGAGCCGGUGGAGAAGCUUCUGGAACCAUUUUCGAAGGAACAACUGGUGGUUUUAGUGAAAGAGGCUGUAUCGAAGUACCCAGAACUUGUUGAAAGUGUUGAGAAGUUGGCCGAUUUGGACCCCGCGCACAGGAAGAUCUUCGUGCACGGCCUCGGCUGGGACACCACUGCCGAAACCCUAACUUCGGUGUUCGGAAAAUAUGGCGAAAUUGAGGAUUGCAAAGCAGUGACCGACAAGGUCUCCGGAAAAUCUAAGGGCUAUGGUUUCAUUCUCUUUAAGCAUCGGAGUGGGGCGAGGAAGGCCCUCAGGCAGCCCCAGAAAAAGAUUGGAAAUCGGAUGACCUCGUGCCAGCUGGCAUCCGCCGGUCCGGUCCCGGCACCGCCUCCGACUGCCCCUCCGGUUUCAGAGUAUACCCAGAGAAAGAUUUUUGUGAGUAAUGUUUCGGCCGAUCUGGAGCCGCUGAAGCUUUCGGAAUUCUUUUCGAAGUUUGGGGAAAUUGAAGACGGGCCUUUGGGUUUGGAUAAACAAACUGGAAAACCAAGAGGGUUUGCUUUGUUUGUGUAUAAGACAAUUGAGAGUGCGAGAAAGGCUUUGGAAGAGCCACACAAGACUUUUGAAGGGCAUACAUUACAUGUUCAGAAGGCUAUUGAUGGGCCAAAACCAAAUAAACAGAACUAUUAUCAACAGCAGCAUCAGCAUCAGCACCACCAACAGCAGCAUGGUCAGUACCAUCAUCAUGCGGCAAAGAAGGGGAAGUAUUCGAGUGGUGGUGGGUCCGGACCAGGGCAUCUGAUGGCGCCCUCAGGACCUCCCGCAGUGGGGUUCAACCCUGCUGUGGGUGCGCCUGCAUUGGCUCCAGCUCUGGGACAGGCCUUGACUGCUUUUCUUGCAACUCAGGGUGCUGGAUUGGGGAUUUCAAAUCUGCUUGGAGGACUUGGUGCGCCGGUGAACCAAGGAGUACCACCUGUGAUGAACAAUGCUGCAGGGUAUGGAAACCAGGGUGGAGGUGGAUAUGGGAGUCAGCCAGGGAUGCAGGGCGGCUACCAGAACCCACAGAUGGGCCAGGGCAGUGGUCGGCCACCGCAGGGCAGUGCUCCAUACAUGGGGCAUGGUCACUAGGUGAGUGAAAGAUUCCUUCGUAAAUGCAUCAAUCUUUUUAGUUUUGGACUCUGGUGAUUCUCUGAAGUUCCGGGCACUCAUGCAAAUGACGUCUUUAUAUUUGUAGCAAAAAGUUUCUAUUUGCCCAAAGACCAUAAUCUUAAACAUGUAUUUUCUUUACUAUCCAAGAACUUUUGUUCCCGUGAGUGUUUUUUUUCAAAAACAAUGUACUAUUUCAGUUCCAGUAUUUUUAUUUCUAAAAAUGUGUGGGUGAGCUGGUUGGGUUUUCCUACUGGAAACACAAUGUCUCCACAGAAUUUUAAGUGGGUUAAUCAGUUACAUUUGCUAUUAUUGACUAUAUCUUCUACUUGGUGGUUUCUUUCUGUUUUAUGUAGCAUGAUCUCAUCAUUUUUCAAUGCAUCUUUCUGAGCUUUCUUUGACCUUAAUUUACUGACUAAAUGUCAUGUUUAUGAUCUGUUGUGUCUAUCUCCCAUUGUCUGAUGGGUUUUUUUGGUUUUGUUUUUCCCUUUAAAUAUGGAGGUGCGGAUAACUUGGUGCUGAUAUUAUCUACUGUCCCAGUCUUGGUCUAGUGUAUCACAGAAUAAAUUUGGCUGCUUGAUAUCAUCUAACUUCUUUUGUGAAUUAUCUUAUAGCAGCUGUUAUUGCAGGUAAUUUUUUUAGUGCCUCUACAUUAUAAUGACACUCCAUUGCAGCUGUAUUUUUUUUUGCAUUAAUUUUUAAUUGUGGAAAACUUUUGUCUAUAUUUACACCAGUUGGUACUAUAUCUGGGAAAAAAGUUUUUUUUUUUUUUUAAUGUUCGAAAAAGAAUUGUAUCAAAUUAAUUUCCAAAACAUGCUUAAAUAAGCAUGGAGUCAUUAUUCUGGUUGGACAAUGCGCGAUUCUAGAAAUCUAAGUUUUGAAGGAUAAAGGAAUCAAGUUUUCAACCGCGUUUUAAUGUUUAAUGUUGUUUUUUUUAUGCUGCUUCCUUCACGUGGGACUUGCGAGAGAAUUUUUGUAUGUGUUUUACUCAAAAAGCUUGUAGGGUUUGGCCCUUUUGAUAUAUGGGUGGAAAAGACUUUUCUGUACAACUGGGAUUUGAUAAUUCCUUGUAGGGAAAACCACCCUUUUUGGUAGGUGUUUUUUUCCCCUCAUUAAGCAAAUACUCCCCUUUGCGCUCUUGUUAAGCUCAGCUUUCAUAAAGCGAAGGAACCAAGAAUGAACUUGUCAUUGAUAAGGGCUUGUAGCUUUGGUGAUCAUCAUCCACGGGUCUAUGGGCAACUUUCCUGGCGCACGAGGUAAGGAUACGAGCACAAUAAAUGUUUGCUUUGAUCUGCACCAAAGAGGACCUCCUAGUGAAGUUUGAUUGCUCCUCCAUGGGUAAGAAGGGUGCAUACUUUGGGAGAUUUUUCAUGACUUGUGUUAAAAGGGAUGUCAUAACAAUUGGCUAGUGUGAUGAUUUUUCAGAAUCUUCUCUGGCUGUAGUAUUUUUUGGCUCUAGUUUAACUUGUUCCUCACUUUGCCGCUUGCAUUUUCUGUUACACUAGUUUUGUCGUUGUCCUUUUUCUAGGUAGAUCUUGGGGCUGCUAAUGGGUAGAAAUCAAAGCAGCUCGAUUAACUUUCGAAUGAGCAUUUAGCUGUUUGAUCUGUGUGGGUACCCAAGCAGCUCAUUGUUUUGGUGGAAUGAAAGCUGAGGGACCCAAAGAAACAUAAAAUUUGUUCAAUGUUUUUUUUUUUUUUUAUCUCGGUAGUAUCAAGUAAUUUUCUGUUAAACAUACUCAUAAAAAAGAAUGGUUGUUAUUAUCUGAAAGGUAGGAUAUUGGAGGGGAUUGUUUCUUGUGUGUUGGGGAUAUAUAUUGCAUGAAUAAUUAUCUUAAUACUCUUUUCUGCUUUGGUUGUCAGUAGAAAAUUCCCUUGGCUUAGGCUUUAAUUAUG